UAUUCCAAGCUUUAAGCUACUUAAAAAGAGGAAAUAAUAAAAUCCAUUCAGUUAAGAUGAGUAAGUUCGUUGGGUUGUUCCUGCUGGUUUUGGUCAGUGUGGCCGUUGCUGCUGAAUUCGACCAUGGUCCUGUGUAUCCUCCUGAACACGACAAACAGGGUCCAUGUGGAAAGUUCAGCACCCUUAGAAUUUUGACGCAUAAGCUGCGUCACUGUGAAAAGCCUGCACGAAACCUGAGGGCUCCUGUUUCUUCACAAUGCUGCAAUGACCUUUUAAAUGUCAGCAUCCCUUGCCUCUAUGCUGUUUUCUCCUCUGAUGCUUUCAAGAAAGUUGGUGUUGAUCCCAAAAUCGCAAUCACCAUUCCCCAUCGUUGCCAUUUCAUCAAGCCAUAGAGCACUAGUUAGUUACCAAUCUAGCAUACAUGCCAAUAUAUAUAUGUAUAUAUUUACAGUAUGCUUCUGUAUUGCAUGUUGUCGUUAAUAAUUUGAGCUCUUUAUAAAGACUCAUAAAUAAGUUACAUUGUAACAACUUCUUUAUUAUCUAUCAAAUAAAUUUUAUAUCUUUCUGCAAAA